UCCGGGGCGCCAGAAGCGAGGUGGCCGCGAGCCGGCAACAUGGUAGUAACCAGGUCCGGGCGGCCUCCGGCCACGACCCAAGCCACGUUGGCUGAAAACUCCCAGCAGAAGAAUUCUGCUGCUAAAAGAAUUGAGGCACAUCCAAAAGGCAGGAAAAAAUCAGCUGGUGAUCCAUUGACUGCUGAAUCACAAACCACUAGAAAACAAAGUCCAGUCCCUAGAACUCCUAAGAGCAGAAAGAGGAAGAGCGGAACCACAGUCUCAUUACCAGAGACAAACAAACCAUCUACCGAUGGAGAGACCUCUGAGGCAGAGUCAGAUUGUUCUUCUGUGUCUGAGCUACAGGAUCCCAUUUUAAGAGUAACUAGGAGACGGCAGAUCUUAGUUCCAUGUACUCCAGUGUCUAGUAUUAGGAAGAAGUUGAAAAUAGCUCCAAUAAAUCAGUCUCAUGCUGAAGAAGGAGAAGAUGACUCUGAAGCUGAAUCACAUGCCUCAGGCAGUUCUAGAAUUGUGCUGCCCACAUUAAUAACUACAAGAAGUAGAAGUAAGGCUAAAUCCCUAAGAGAGCCAAACCAAGAAUUACAUGCAGAAGCUAUUUCUGAUGCUGAGUCAUCAAACUCAGACAUUUCUUCAUUUUCUCAAAUUACAACUAUGAGAACCACAAGAAGUAUGCAGAAGAAACUACAGUCGCAAACUGAGGAGAAAGACACUAACAUGGUACCAGAAAGUGAAAAGCAAAUUCUAAAUUCGCCAGGGAAUUCAGAGGAUUCAGAGACCAGACAAACAACUUGUUUGUCUGCAAGAUCUCUUUCUCAGACAAAUAAGCCAAAUUUCUGCAAUAAUGAAAUGUAUAAUAACUUUGAUGAUUCCUUCCACAGAAAUUCAGGGGGAGGAAAAACAGUGCAAACACGUCAACAUUUUAACACAAAAGAGGAAAAACAGGCCAGUGUUGCACCUCUCAAAGAAGUAACAAAGCAGAAUUGUAAGAAUUUAGAUGAAGAAGCCAAAGGACUAGUAAAAGCAGAAAAAGAAAGAAAUGAAAAGAAUUCUCACUUGGAGAGCCUUUCUGAACCUCAGGACAGUGGCAUUCAGCAGUUAGUUUCACAAAGGCAGUCAACCCCCCGAAAUAAAACCGCAUCAGAGCCCUCAAAUCGGAACUGUGCGGCUAUAAUGAAAUCGUUAGCUCAGACAUUUGCAGUGAUGGAAGUAGACAGGUGGAAUGAAGAGAGAAAGAACUCCACAAAAACAAGUGACCUGACAGAAUUUGGCGGUGGUAGUGAUGAAGAAGGGUGCACAGUUACAGGUGUCUGUGAUGACAUAAAUGAAGAAAGGGAUGUAGAUUUUGAGUGUGAUACCAGACCAUUCAAGUCUGAGCUCAACACAUCUCUGGAUAAAGAUGAUUCUGUUUUCUUAGUUCUCAGCAGUGAUGAGAGCCAGCAGUCUGAAGACAGUGAGAACGAAGAGGACACUGUGUGUUUUGUUGAAAAUAAUGGUCAAAAAGAGUCAUUAAAUGCAGACUCAGAAAAUGUGUCCUGUGACAACCCAUUGUUUGUCAUUGACACAACUCCUGGAUUGAGUUCUGAUAAGCAUUUUUACCUGGAGGAGGGAGACGAGGCAAGUAAGGUUGCCAGUGAGGAAGAAAAAGAGGAGGAAGAGGAUGAAAAAAGUGAAGAACCAUCAGAUGAUGACAGAGAUAAAGAUGAUGAGUUGAGUGAUGAAGAUGACUUCCUAAAUAACACAAAAGCUAAACUUCUGAAGUUGACAAGCAGCAGCAUAGACACUGGUAUAAGUAUCAAGCAGUUGGGUGGUUUGUAUAUUAAUUUCAAUGCAGACAAACUACCUUCAAAAAAGAGAAUCCUAACACAGAUCAAGGAGAAAAAGAAAGAUGAGCUUUUGCAGAAAACCGUUAUUACUCCUGAUUUUGAAAAAAAUUACUGUGUCCCACCAUAUAGUGAAUCAAAGCAUCAACUUCAGAAAAAACGCAGAAAAGAACGACAAAAAACAGCAGGUGAUGGCUGGUUUGGUAUGAAAGCUCCAGAAUUAACAGAUGAACUUAAAAAUGAUCUCAAAGCACUGAAGAUGAGAGCUAGCAUGGACCCAAAAAGGUUUUACAAGAAAAAUGAUAGGGAUGGCUUCCCCAAGUACUUCCAGGUUGGAACCAUUGUUGACAAUCCAGCUGACUUCUACCAUUCCCGAAUUCCCAAAAAACAAAGGAAGAAAACUAUUGUGGAAGAACUGCUGGCUGAUUCUGAGUUCAGAAGAUAUAACCGAAGGAAGUACUCAGAGAUCAUGGCUGAAAAAGUAGCAAAUGCAGCAGGAAAGAAGUUUCGAAAGAAGAAGAAAUUUCGCAAUUAAGAUUCCCCGAGCAAGCCACGUAUUUUACAUUCCCUUUUGUUUAUGCAAGAUAUUUUUGAAAACUUAACACCAUCAUACAAGUUAAUAUAGACUGGCUCUGUCUGAAAGUUGACUUGAGUGAGAAUGAGUCAUGUACCCCUUGGGAUCAAAUCCAGUAUGUCUACAAAAGACACACCCAUGCUUAGACUCUGAGGGAGAAGAAGGAAAACCUCAACCAUUUUAAGAUGAUUAACAUUUUUGUAAAGUUUUCAACAUUUAUUUAAAGAAAACUGAAUAAAAAUCAUUUAGAAGAUAUAAAGUUAACAUAUACAAAAAAACCUUUGUUAUAUAAUAAAGCUAAACAGUGCUGUAAUUUACACACAGAGGUGUGUGUGCGUGUGUAGUGUGGAGAUGGUAGGAAAUGCCCUUUUCCAAGUUUAGGUCCAGAAAAUCAGUGAAGCUACAGAGAUCUGCUUGUUGUUAGUAUAAAAGUCAUAGUUGGAACCAAAAUAUUCUUGGAGCAAAAUGACUGAAAAACUAAAUGAAACUAAAAAAGACUUAGAAAGUUAAUGAAGACUUCCCACAAAGUCUGGGUUAAAGGUAGAAGACGCAGGAGGGCCGUUUUUCCUUCCCUUGCAACUAAAACGGGAGGAGAGAUUAAUUGUAUCCCGAUCUAGUGUUGUGUUCCAUGUGAACUAGGAUUAAAUCCAUGUAACUUUAACUCGGCCAGGAAUAAUUUUAAAGUGGUUCCGUUCAUCCCCUUCUCCAAUGGCAGGAGUGUGCAUCCUGGCUAACCUACUCGCACCCAGAGAGAGCCGGCCGACUCUUGUAAUGCUGCCUAGUGGGUCCUUCCCUUUAAUGUCAUCGUUUAUGGAGCCUCUGUCUUCCCAGCAAACUGCUCCUUGGGAUUUCAGUAAAUACAAAAUCUCGUAUUUUGUGUUUAAUGCUUGGGAUCAUAACCAACCCAGUAAUAGAGCGGACACUGGCGUUCACGGGUGGAGUUGGGCAAGUAUCUCUAUCUGUUCUCCUUUACAGAAAAAGUUUUAUUCCAAGAAUAUUAAGUUUUGGCUUCCAGUGGGUAAAAUAAGGACCUGCUGUGAGAGAAUUAAGUAUCAAAACAAGAAGAAAUAAAUUAGUUGACUCUGCAGAUUCUUCCAGAAGGAGUCGCUGAUCUCAGAACAUUGCUUCAACUCAUGCUACUUUGCUGUAAGAAGACUCAAAAUUGUUAACCAUCCGGUAUGAUGUCUCUGUGCACACAGUGUCGAGGACUUACCCAGUUUUUCUCAGGGUUAAGGUGUGGAUCUGCUUCUUAUUUACUCUAUGAUUUUCAUGAUGGUUUCUGACCCAUGAAUCCCACGAUAGGUUGAAUUAUUUGGUACUUGAAAACUGCAGCUGUGCCAAGUAUGUGUGACGUUAACAGUGCAUAUUAUAAAGAAAACAGGAUUAGUGACCUCUGACCUUUGCCACACAAAAAAGUGUUAGAGCCUUCUGGGUUUGGAGGCAGUGGUGAGGAAAGAGAAUUGAGCCCAAGUGCCAAGGCCACCGUAGAGGUGUUCCAAGUAUUUACUUUUAGUUACAUUUUAACAUGCUCUCUUUUAUUUUAUCUCCAUGGAUUCAUUUUUAGUUUUACUUCUUUAUAUGUGUUUUUGUAAAGGCACCUAAAUGACUUGGAACAAAAAGAAGAGUUUUUAACAAUUCCAAAAAACACUUAUUCAGUGAAAUAAACAGUUCAACUAAAAACCA